UUUAUACGGCAGUCCGGUCUCCUUGUAUUCCUUCGUGAAUCUAAUGUAGGAGAAAAAAGAAAUAUGGCCGACCGUGCGAAACAAAUAAUUUUCUUUCGUAAAUAACAAACAAUUGAGUGUCGUGUGCUUACGAAUUAUGAAAAAAAUGCUUAAAAAUUGAAGGGGGUACUUUUCAAACAAAUAUUUGAAUUGUCAUCUUGCUGGAAGGAACUCGCUCAUGAAAUAAUUUGAUCGUUCUGUCAAUUGAGACGACAGACGCUAGCAAGAUUAAGACGAAGAAAUAAGGAAAAUUAAAGAUAUAAUUUAUGAUUUGGAAUGUCGGUGCUGAAGCAGGUGAUCCUGCAAGUAUUGAUAGUACGAAGAAUCAUUCAUUGGCUGGCUUAGCUCUAGUUGCUAGCAUCAUCUUCUGGGUCGCCUGAACCACAGUAUGAAGGAGAUGCUUGGAGGGUGCUGUGUCUGUUCUGAUGAAAGGGGCUGGACAGAAAAUCCACUAGUGUAUUGUGAUGGGCAAGGUUGUACUGUAGCUGUUCAUCAGGCUUGCUAUGGCAUUGUUACGGUUCCUACUGGACCUUGGUACUGCAGAAAAUGUGAAUCACAAGAACGUAGCGCACGUGUGCGCUGUGAGUUAUGUCCAAGUCGAGAUGGUGCUCUUAAGAGAACAGAUCAAGCGGGCUGGGCCCAUGUAGUCUGUGCUUUGUACAUCCCAGAGGUUCGGUUUGGAAACGUCACUACUAUGGAGCCUAUUAUAUUACAACUCAUACCUUCUGAAAGGUUUAAUAAGAUAUGCUACAUUUGUGAAGAACAAGGCAGAGGAAGCAGAGCCAAUGUAGGAGCGUGUAUGCAGUGCAACAAAACCGGCUGCAGGCAGCAGUUUCAUGUCACUUGUGCUCAAGCUCUCGGAUUGCUAUGCGAAGAAGCUGGAAACUACCUUGACAAUGUUAAGUACUGCGGAUAUUGUCAGCAUCAUUAUUCGAAAUUGAAAAAAGGAGGAAACGUUAAAACUAUUCCACCGUAUAAACCAAUACCAGCAGACAAUGGAUCAUCCGAUUCAUCUCCCGAGAAAGACUCUGAAGCACUUAUCAGAUUAUCUUCAAAUAAUGUCAAACGUAAAAGCGCAAGUUCAAAGUCAGGUGCUUUUACUCAGAAAAGCAAGGCUAGUAGUAAUCCCAGUAUCCAUAUCAAUGGAGUAACAGAUGACAAGAGCAGUAGUGAUGCCAAUAUCUUAAAGGAUAAUACUAACAAUUCAAGUAAAUUUACUACCUCUAAUUUUGUAGAAACUAUUGUUACACAAUCGGAAAGCGUCUUUGGCCAUGAAAUCGUUAGUACGACUUCUGCUCUUACAAUUCCUGUCACAGCGAUUACAACAUCAGCAUCCACAUCGUAUUUAGUUCACAAGAAUGGAAAUCAAUCCAAGUCUGCUACUUCGUCAUCUAAUAAACCUUUGGGUAAUGCAAGUAGAAAGAGAAAAACAGGAGCACGAACACCGAAUGCUUUAGGUAAUGAAAAUUCAAAUCAGUCGGUAAACACGCAGGCAAAUGGAUCUCUCAUAGUUACUACAAGUAUUGUGGAUCAACAAAUUAAUAACAAUAGUAUUCAAUCCACCAUCGCCGAAGUCACCAGCUUAAGCACUAUGUCUGACACAGAAAAAUCAAAAAAGUUAAAAUCGGAUGAUUCACCGAUUCAGUCGAUUCCAAGUGCACCUUUAUUGUUGGAUGAAGCAACUACUAUUCCUAUAAGUAUGUCGAUAACGCAAUUGCAAACAUCUGUUCUCACGCAGUCAUUCAGCACUAUGUCGAAUAGUAUAGUUGUUUCUGUUCCACUCACUGCAACUUCUCUUCCAAAUUUCGAAGAAAGUACUGUAAGAAGUUCUCCAACGUUGUAUCAACAACUGCAGCAAAGUUUGGUCACUGCAGCUGUGAGUUUAGAAACUAGAACCAGUGUAAUACCGAAUGUUGAUCAAUAUGCUGAGGAAGAAGUAUUAUCAAAGCUAUCUCGCUCUCAAUCGUCAGAUAAACAAGAAAAACUGCGUAAACCAAAGCGAGGGUCUUCAAGCAGUCAAUCCAUACCAACAAGUUCUCAGUUAAUUACUUCAGCGGCAACUUCUUUGUCUAAUAGCGCAGUCGUUACAACGACGAAGCGAACUGGAAGAAAUAAUCGCCAAACUCCACCACCGUCGGUAGCGGUGGCUUCCAUACAAUCGAUAAUACAAGGUCCCACGCUGGGUACUGGCCAUUUCAGCAGCGUGGGAACUGGUUCAGGUGGCAUUAUGGGUCCCACGGUUAAAGAUUCGCCACCUAGUAGUCCUGGUUCUGAAAGUAUGAGUAGCACUGGACCAGGUAGAAGAAAGCGAAAAGGCGCUGGAACAGCUUCUAACACUCCAACACCAUCUGCAUCAAGUACACCAACAUUAGCUAAUCAUACUAAAGAGGAAAAGGAGGUUAAAUUAUUUCAAAACGGCGUAAGUGCACCCCAUAUGUUGGGUAACCAACUUAAUCCCACGUCUACGAUGGCUCAAAAAAUGUCUGAUACGCUUUCACAAGAGCUAGAGGCACAUUCCAUUUUCACGGAGGCGAGUAACUCUACUACUAAUUUGGUCGGACCACAAUUACAUAGUCGAGUAAUAGCGACCAUAAGGUCGAGUCAGACAGCACCUACACCAACAUCGUUUUCUUCAGUGUUUUCGAACACGAAUGCAAAUGCUAGUGCAACUAGUGCUGGAGCAUUAGCCAGUGGUGCAAUGCCACAAACACUAGAUCAACUUUUGGAGAGACAAUGGGAGCAAGGUAGCCAAUUUUUGAUGGAACAGGCUCAGCACUUUGACAUUGCAUCGUUAUUGUCAUGUCUUCAUCAACUGAGGGCGGAAAAUUUGAGACUAGAAGAGCAUGUAAAUAGUCUUUUACAAAGAAGGGAUCAUUUACUGGCUGUUAAUGCCAGACUCGCCAUCCCGUUGACAAAUCAUUCUAAUACUCAUCCAGUAAACAGCAUUCACCCUUCAAUGAAUCCAUCACACCCCAAUCUCACUCAUCCAGAGGUUCCACCAGUGACUGGAUCGUCGAUGCCUAGAGCUAAUCGAGAAACGCGAAUGAACAAUGCGUACUUACCACAUUCGAGUUCUAGUAGUCAUGCAACAUCUUUAGAAAAUGGUCUACCUCCAGAAACUUCACCGCCUACUGGAACAUCUCAGUAUCAACACAGAGGAUCAUUGGUUGCUCCUCAACCAAGUCCGGCAUUAAGACAUAGUCCUGCUGGAAGUGGUUAUCAUCAAGGGCAAACGAAUACUAUUGUUUUACCGGCGAAUGCCAAUAAUCCGGGAGUAGUACGAAAUUCGUCUGUUACUCCUGAUCCACUUCGAGGUACGCAGAGGUAAGGGGCCUCGACCUCAUUCUCAAGUUACGUGAGAGUUGGAGAUUUACAUAAUCGAUCUUGUUACGCAUACAUGGUACGCAUUGAUGUAUCAAGUAACGAUAUCCAGUGUAGCUAAUACAUUAAUUCUGUAAUACUGGAUAAAAGAAAUGUAUAGAACCUUACGAUACUUCUACGAAUAAUGAUAAAUCUCCAAGUAAGCCUCUAAAUAAGCUGGAAAUAGAUACACUUUUGGAAUAUUGAGAAUCCCAUCUCGACGAAUAGAAGAGCAACGCCACCAUAAGAAACUGAUUCAAGAAGAACAUAAAUUCUGUUGUUUUUUUUUUAUGUUUCGCGUUAUGAUCGAUUAUACUAUUUUACAAUAUUAUUAACAGUAAAGUAUAAGUGUCAGUUUCAUUACAUUCUAACCUUCCACCGAUGUUUUGGGGUAUUCUACUACCUCAAUCAAUUUUCUUUUCACGUUCCAUAACCUGCAGUUGAUCGUUGAUAUCUUUAGGUCUGGAGCCUAUAAGCACAAUGCGACCGAAAAAAUUCAGCUGGGACUUUUUAAAGUAAUUCCAUUCGCAACUAUUUUACAGUCCUAAUAUAAAGCAAAAUAUUGCUUUAAAUAUGGCGUAAAGCUCAAAAUUAAAUAAGUUUUUAAACCCCAUUUGUUUUCCUAAUAUUUCCCACACAUGACUUAAAUUUUAUUAGCCAUACGACUGAUUUGUAUAUCACAAAGUAACUAUUAGUGAAGGAUUUUCUCCGCGUAUGAUAAAUUUGGUUACGCAGUGCAUUUUCACAGAACGUAUGGCUGCACAUUAUAUAUCUAUAGUACAUAGGGUUGCGCAUUAUAAUUUUGCAGCUCUAACAACUGCGCAGUAGAAUUCUACGUAUUUUGAUUCGGAAA